AACGCUGCCUACCCAAUCGGAGUCCGAAGUCCACUUGCACGCACGCCCCUUGACGAUCAUACCGGUUGGAACAGUUCUACCAGAAACACCAAGUCAGUUCAAAACCAGGAACAUUUUGGGGGACCAAAAGUUUCAUCCCAAGCAAACAUGUCGGUCAACAAGGGAUUUGAGGAUGACAUUGAGUUGCAGGAGGCGGACAAGUCCAUGGAUUUGCCGCACAAUAGCCACGAUUACGAGGACGUCAACAUAGAGAAAAAAUCGAUACAGGACUCGGAUAGUGAUUCUAUUGUGCCAGUUAAGAAGACCGAGGACCGAGAGGAACUGAUACAUGAUGGCCCUUAUGCAGGAAUGGGCAAGGAGGAACUGCUGCGUUACUCCCGAGGUUUCUCCUGGCGAGCAGCCCGGUGGGUCCUGUUGCUAAUCCUCCUGGCUGGAUGGUGCGCCAUGCUCGGCAUGUCCAUCUACAUCAUCGUGGUCACUCCCCGCUGCUUGCCCUGGUGGCAGACCAGCGUGAUUUACCAGAUCUACCCCCGAUCCUUCAAGGAUUCUGACGGUGAUGGAAUAGGAGAUCUCAAGGGUAUCAUCGAAAAAGUGGACUACCUCAGUGACAUCGGUGUUGGCGCUGUUUUGCUUCACUCCAUUUACCAGUCGCCUCAGAGGGACCUUGGUUAUGAUGUCUCUGACUUCGAGAAAGUGGAUCCCAUCUUUGGCUCGCAGGAGGAUUUUGACGCGCUGAUAACCGCUCUACACGACAAAAAUAUCAAGGUGAUAUUGGACUUCAUCCCCAAUCACUCCAGUGUUGAGCACGAGUUCUUUCAGAAGAGUUCAGCAAGAGACGAGACUUACCUUAACUGGUACACUUGGGCUGACAACUCCAAUAAUUGGGUGAGCGUGUACAGCGGCAGCGCUUGGAGGCUUAAGAGCGAGCGGGCACAACACUACCUUCAUCAAUUCUCCGAGUAUCAACCGGAUCUCAACCUCCGGAAAGAAGCUGUCACCAACUACUUGGAGACGGUGUUGGAGCAAUGGUUCAUUAAAGGAGUGGAUGGUUUCAGCAUACAAGGAGUAAAGUACAUGUUUGAAACUGACGCCUACACGGAUGAUACUCCUGCACCGGGUUACGUCAACGAUGGACUCGGUGACCCUGUGCAGUACGAGAGUCUACUACAUGACAAGUCAUCAGAGUUCGAUGGACUUCAACACGUGUUGUUGAAGAAGUGGCGCAAGGGAAUCUUUGAUCAGUUCUCAACUGCGGGCACUUACAGAGUAAUGAUAACCGACUCAGACUCCAACUCAAGCUACGCAAGGACCUACUACGGGACGGAAGAGGACCCGGAGGUCGAUCUACCUAUGAACCUCAACCUCGUGAACCUCGGUGACGUCAAUGGUGGUUGGUCAGGCACUACGAUAGGGACGGGUUACACCACAGGACUCGAGGUUUAUGAGAUGGUUCAGGAGUGGAUGGACAAUCUACCCAAAGGAAAAUGGCCGUCCUUUAUGCUUGGUCAUCACGGGGUGCAUCGCAUUGCCAGCCGUCUGACAAAGGAGCACGCUGGCGCCGCUAAUAUGUUACUUCUGACGUUGCCAGGGACACCCAUCUGUUACUAUGGAGACGAGAUUGGCAUGACCGACGUACUGAUAACUGAGGAUGAGCUUAUGGACAUUAAGGCUUUGAAUGACAUGCCAAGAUGGGAAAUCAAGACACGAGACCGCCAGCGAACCCCGAUGCAGUGGACGGCAGACCCAUAUGCCGGGUUCACCUCGUCCGUUAACGGCUCCUGGCUACCGGUGCCGCCAGAAGAAGAGUUCACAAAAGUUAACGUCGCUGUAAUGGACGAAGACCCUAACUCCGUCCUUCGCAUGUUCAAAGCCCUGACGAAGCUUCGAGCCGAGAAGAGAACGCUGCGACAAGGGCCCACGGCCAAGUUCGUGCACAACACCCUGAACGUGGUGUCCUAUAUCCGGGAGCUGGAAGGCGAAAGGGAGCGUUUCUUUGUGGCCAUCAACUUCGGCCAGGACACCACCUUCGAGAACGACUUCUUCGACCGUGCCAACGGGGCGCUUCCUGUGGAGGGAACUGUCGUGGUGGGCACCGACAUGUCUCGGGUCGGGGAGCGGGUCCAGCUGAACAAGAUUGCCCUGAGGGUUGGGGAGGGGAUUUUGGUCUUAUUGGAUGAAAUUGUCGAGGUGCAGGACCAAAACUGGUGGUACCAGUAUUUCAGACCUGCCAAUUUGACUCCAAAGGCUAAGGGUGAAUGUGCCUAUAUCAUACACAUGGAACUUACGUUUGCCACAUGUGUGGCGAUUUUCCUAUGUGUGUUAACCCCAUCUUUUGCCGCUGGAUUUGGUCCUGACGAAUGGUGGAAGAACACGAUCAUCUACCAAAUCUACCCGCGUUCCUUCAUGGACUCUGACGGCGACGGUGUGGGGGACCUGGACGGGAUCACGUCCCGGCUGGAGCAUUUCAACGACCUUGGGGUGGGAACCGUGUGGUUGAGCCCAGUAUACAAGUCGCCCAUGGCCGACUUCGGCUACGAUGUGGCCGACUUCAAGGAUAUCGAUCCCAUAUUCGGAACUAUGGCCGACUUUGACGAGCUGAUCACCAAGGCGCACCGGCUCGGGCUUAAACUCAUGAUGGAUUUUGUCCCCAACCAUUCCAGCGAUCAGCAUGCGUGGUUCCUCGAAAGCAAGAAAAACAAAGACACCAGCAACCCGUACAAAGAUUACUACAUGUGGGAAGACCCCAAGCAGGGCUGCUCACCUGUAGAGGAGUGCGUUCCAAAUAACUGGGUGAGUUUGUUCGGUGGCUCCAUGUGGGAGUGGGUACCAGAGAGGCAGCAAUUUUAUCUGCAUCAGUUCCUCAAGGAACAGCCAGAUUUGAACUACCGUAACCCGCAGGUGCGAGCAGCGAUGGAUGAUGUGGUCCGCUUCUGGCUCGAGAAAGGCGUGGAUGGUAUGCGGGUAGACGCCAUCAGGCACAUGUACGAAAACGAGGACCUUCAAGACGAGCCACCGAAUCCUGAUUACACGCCAGUACCUGGUGAGCAGGCUCAGUACGACAGCCUGCUGCACACCAAGACAGUGGACCUCCCUGAGCUCCAUGAUGUCAUCAAGAAUUGGAGACAAAUCUUCAACGAGUUUGGAAACGAUGCAGGUUACCCCCAGUAUCGGUUCAUGGUGACCGAGACCUAUGACACGCACAAGGGGCUUCUCCCCUACUAUGGAACCCCGGAUCAACCCGAGGCAGAUUUCCCCUUCAACUUCGGCAUGAUUGAGCUCACCAAGGAGAACUUGUCUGGCAAUAAAAUAUAUGACUUUGUCAACGACUGGAUGAAGGACCUGCCGACUGGAAAGUGGCCAAAUUGGGUCAUCGGUAACCAUGACAACUUCCGCAUCGCCGAUCGCAUUGGGGUAAAUUAUGCUCGAGCCCUUAACGUACUCAAUUUGCUUUUGCCGGGUACACCGACCACCUAUUACGGUGAAGAGAUAGUAAUGGAGGACAUCUGGGUACCUUACAAUGAAACUCAGGACCCGUACGCAAUCAACAACCCUAGCCACUGGCAAAACUAUACGCGCGACCCAGAGCGUUCCCCGAUGCAGUGGGACUGGUCGCCACCGCAUGCUGGUUUCAGCACUACUGCUGGAAAAACGUGGCUCCCCGUUAACGACAACUACCUUUCAGGAGUCAACGUUGCUGACCAAAAGGCAGAUGAUACUUCCGCCUUGAAGCUUUAUGCGCGAUUGGCGACACUUCGUAAAGAAGAACCGGCCUUCCAAACCAACCACCUCGACUACGUCAUCGUGAACGAGAAGAUCUUUUCCUUCUUGCGCACACCUGAUACAGCGGGCCGGGACUCCUUCCUGGUCAUUAUCAACGCUGGCACCUCCGAUUCUACCGAAGAUUACUCCGCUGCCUUGAGGGGGAUGAUGAUUCAAGUUGAAGAUGAUACCGGGGUCAUUGCAGCCAGCAGCAAGAUGGAUCGGAACGGGGAACCCCAGGGGAUGAACAAAAUCUCCGCUGCUGUAGGUGAGGCGCUCGUCAUCAGGGCCAAGGUUUACGCCUACAACGCCGCAUCACAGCCAAGCUCUUCUCUAUUCAUCGCCCUGGCAACAAUCAUAGCCAUCAUCUUUCGUCACGUCAUAUUCAAAUAUUGA